UUCUCAAAGGGCUCGAAGCUCAUCAUACCGAAUGGAAAGACGCCUUCGUUAACUACUGGCAACUCAAGAACAUAUCAAGAAGAUCAAGCUCGCCAGAAAAAAUCACAAACCCCAUGACCACCUCAACCCCGACUUCGGUCGCUCCAUUUUCGAUCCCAUUCGCUUCAUCGCCAACCAAUUCUCAAACAAUCUCUUCGGUCAAGACAACAGAGCCAGUAUCAUGCAGGUGAAGAGCAAAGUAAUGGAAGACGGAGAUGAAGAAGUAUACCAGACUGAGCUUGCUCAAUUGUUCUCUGAAGAAGAUGAGGUGAAGGCGUUUUUUGAGAGAUUGGAUGAAGAGCUAAACAAGGUGAACCAAUUUUACAGGACAAAAGAGACUGAAUUUUUGGAGAGGGGAGACAUUCUCAACAAGCAACUGGAAAUACUUGUAGACCUCAAACGAGUUCUCGGCGACUGGCGGCGGAAGCCUACUAAUGGAAUUCUUCCUCGUUCGUGGUCGUCUUCUGCUCGGAACUCUGAUUUUUCUGAGAGCCAAGCUUCAUUGAGUGAAGCUCCCACUGAAUCAACACAAACGGAUGAUGUGAUAGCAGCACUAGAGAGAAAUGGUGUGAGUUUUAUUAAUGCUACAACGAGGUCAAAAACAAAAAAGGGGAAGCCUAAAAUGGCGAUGAGGAUUGACAUUCCAGCUGAAACACCAACACGAACAAUUUCAGCUGUUACAUCCGUGCUAUGGGAAGAUUUAGUCAAUAACCCUAAAAAAGAAGGGCCGGGAGAUAUCAUUAAUAGGAAGAAGAUCCAGUGUGCUGAGAAGAAGAUUAGAGGAGCUUUUGUGGAGCUCUAUAGAGGUCUUGGCCUUCUCAAAACUUACAGCUCGCUCAAUAUGGUGGCAUUUACAAAAAUACUGAAGAAAUUCGACAAGGUAUCAAACCAGAAGGCAUCCGCAAGUUAUCUACAAGUAGUAAAGAGGUCUUAUUUCAUUAGUUCCGAUAAGGUGGUUAGACUAAUGGAUGAAGUGGAGUCCAUAUUCACAAAGCACUUCGCCAACAGUGACAGGAAAAAGGCAAUGAAAUUCUUGAGACCCCAACAACAGAAGGACUCUCACAUGGUCACCUUUUUUGUUGGGUUGUUCACCGGUUGUUUUGUAUCACUAUUUAGCGUAUACGCAAUAUUGGCUCAUUUGUCUGGUAUUUUUUCCGCUAGCACAGAAGUGGCUUACAUGGAAACAGUCUACCCAGUUUUCAGUGUGUUUGCAUUGUUAUGCUUGCACUUGUUUAUGUAUGGAUGCAACUUGUUCAUGUGGAAGAGUACGAGGAUCAACUGCAACUUCAUUUUCGAAUUUUCACCAAGCACUGCACUCAAAAACAGAGAUGCAUUUCUCCUUUGCACCACUUUCAUGACUGCUGUGGUUGGGGCAAUGGUUGUUCAUCUUCUCUUACGAGCUAGCGGCUUUUUACCGAGCCAAGUUGAUGCCAUUCCUGGAAUUCUCCUUCUGAUUUCAUGUUGCCUGCUCGUAUGUCCAUUUGACAUUUUCUAUCGCCCCACACGCUAUUGUUUCCUUCGAAUUAUGCGUAACAUAAUCUGCUCACCAUUUUAUAAGGUUUUGAUGGUAGACUUUUUCAUGGCUGACCAACUCACUAGCCAGAUUCCAUUGUUGAGACACUUGGAAUCCACAGCAUGCUACUUUCUUGCUGGAAGUUUCAAGACACACGAAUAUGAAACCUGCAAUAAUGGAAGACUAUACAGGGAACUAGCUUAUGUCAUAUCGUUUUUGCCAUAUUAUUGGCGUGCAAUGCAGUGUGCACGGCGAUGGUUCGAUGAAAGUGAUGUUAACCAUUUAGCUAACAUGGGGAAGUACGUUUCAGCCAUGGUGGCAGCCGGUGCCAGGAUAACCUACAAUAGGCAGAGCAACCACCUAUGGUUUGGCAUAGUCUUGGUGACUUCAGUGGUGGCUACAAUUUAUCAAUUAUACUGGGAUUUUGUCAAGGAUUGGGGACUCUUGAACCCAAAAUCCAAGAACCUUUGGCUCAGAGAUGACUUGAUUCUCAAGAGCAAAAGCAUCUACUAUAUGUCCAUUGGCUUGAAUGUGGUUCUAAGAAUUGUUUGGGUGGAGACUGUGAUACGUUUCCGUAUUAGCAAUGUUGAGGGGCGCAUGCUAGAUUUUUUCAUGGCUUCAUUAGAAGUUAUUCGACGAGGGCAUUGGAAUUUUUACAGGUUGGAGAAUGAACAUCUGAGCAAUGUUGGGAAGUUCAGGGCAGUGAAGGCAGUUCCUUUACCAUUUCGCGAGACAGAUUCGGACAGCUGAUGAGCUGUCUUAUUAAUAAAUGUAUAGAAGUACUUAAUGGCUGACAGAGCAGGGAGGUUAUAUUUUGCAAGAGGGAUCCACAUUUUAUUAUAACAAUGUGGGAGAUCUCUCUGCCAUUCAUCAAAAUCAUCACAGAUUCGAUCGGCUCCAUUGUCAAUUGUAAAGCUCCAAGUGUAGCAAAUAAAUUAAGCAGCAUAUAUGCUUGUAAAUUUGGCCCUGUAACUUGGAUAUAAUCGUCAACAUCCCACAUCAUAAUUGGGGUUGAUUUCUAAGAAUCAAAUAUUAUAAGAGCAUCAGAUUACUAGAUUGCUUUUCACAA